AUGAAUUGCUUUUUCCCGUUUCGAGCCGAGGAAGCACAGACGCGUUCAGCUGCCGUGCCUUCUUUUGUGCAGACGCUCUACCAGCAAAGCCUGCAAUGGAUUUCGCAUCCGCAGCACUGGCUGUGGCUGAUCGUUGGUGUGUCUGUGAUCACGUUGGCACCGGUCGGUAUUCUGCAUUGUAGGGAUGCCUGUUUGGGUAAACCAGAAGAGAGCAACUUGCAAUGGGAGGAGGCGAUUUUGGGGUUGUCGGAGGCAGAAGCAUGUUCUCUUCGAUUGUUGGAGCUGAUCUCCGGCAUCUAUGUCACAAUAACCUACUUUGCCGGCGGACUUUGGUGGUUCGGUGGUAUGCUGGCAUUCGUGAAGCUGUUCUCGGUGCUCAGCUUUGUCGUGGCACUGGUUGCAAAACGCGGAUCACCUCAAGAUUUUGUAACAUUCUGCUUGACUGGUCUCUUAGGGGCAGUGGUCUCCAGCCUCAUUCAGCUUCACGCUCUUGCUUUCGAAACCUUCCCUGAGAGCAAGCACUGGCUCCUUUGUAUGGCAUUCGUGCUACAACUGGGCUUUGCGGCUGCUGCCACCAACUCCGCUUUUUGUGUCUCGGUCCCGUGUCUUCGCGAUGGUGAAUCCCAGGCGGAGCCUCUGCUUCCACGAAAAGCUUUGUGGCUCUGGCGCACUGCAGACAUGGCAUCGUGGGUGAUCUUCUGGGUUGUGGCAUGUAUGGAUCUGGAUCCUCAGGCACGUCCUUGCAUACCCGUCAUCUUCCUUUGUGAGCUGGCAGCGCGUGCUCUGUACUGCAGGAGGUGUUUGCAAACGUCGUUCGACGAGCAUUCCAUACAACUUAGGGCGGAUGACCAGAAGGUUCUUGUUCUUGUGCUGUGCCUCUGUGGAAUGCCCUGGCCCUGCUUCCCGGUGGAUCUCCUUGCCCAGCUGCGGCUGCAAUUGUGCGCAAUGCUCUGGCGCAGCAAUCUCGUGAUUUUUUUCAGCAUCAUGGUUGUGCACAGGUAUGCAUCCGUGACUCAGGGUGUGUGUCCCCUUGCCACAGAGCCCGUCUUGGAAACCUUGAUGGGUGUGGGUCUGACGAUGCACCUAUUGGCUAUGCUUGUGGUGUUGAUCUACCAAGCCCUGUUGCGAACUCGAUGCAUGUGUCUGUUCCCAACACGUGCGGUGUUUGGGGACAGCCGGUUACAUUUGGCGGUAGGCCUCGGUGCCGAGCAUUUGGUGCAGGAGUUCUGGACAGCCGACGAGGAGGGCUCAGACAGGGACCGGUCGCUGCUCCUCGAGGCUGUGUUUGCCGGGCAUGGUGGUGUGAUAGAAGUACUUCAUGCGCAGGGAGUCGACGUGUGCACAGCUGAGACCCAGUCUGGACUUGCCCUUCACGUUGCAGCGGAAGCUGGGAAGGUAGAUGUGCUGAGGGCACUUCAAGCGCUCGGCGCAGAUUUCAGUGCAACGGACAUCUUUGGCAGCAAUGCAGCCUUGCUGGCUUCAGAGGGAGGCCAUGGUGCCGCUUUGCAGCUCUUGCUGCAGGCAAGGUGCGAUCCAGAGGCACGCAACCCUGGGGGCAACAGUGCAGUCAUCGUUGCGACAAGAAACGGCAGCGCGGCUUUGUUGCCGAUGUUGCUCGACACCAGAUGUGACCCUCAGACUGCAGGCAGGGAUGGUGAGCCCUUGAUCUUGACGGCAGCAGCGCUACAGACGACCGAUUCCCUGCAGGCCCUAUUGGAAGCGAGAUGCGACCCGAGGAUCGCCAGCAAGGAUGGUGACACUCCAGUCUUGCGGGCGGCAUCGAGGGGAAGCGUUGGCGUGUUGAAGCUCCUUCUGGAGGUCAGGUGCGAUCCGAGCAUUGCUGACAAAAGGGGCAACACCGUCAUCAUUGCAGCUGCGACGGAGGGAUGCACAGAUAAAUUGAAGUUGCUCUUGCAUGCAAGAUGUGACCCGACACUCACAAACAAGAAAGGUGGUAGCGCAGUCAGCAGUGCUGUGACAUACGACAGAAUUGAUUGCUUGGCGCUGCUAUUGGCGGCAAGAUGCGACCCAAGCAUAGCAGACAAGUCUGGGGACACCCCAAUCAUAACAGCCGCAGGCUAUGACAGCAUUGAUGCCUUGAAGCUGCUGCUGGAAGCGAACGGUGAUCCGAAAAUGAUAAACAAUGACGGCAGCAGCGCAAUCAUCAAAGCCACAGGUGUUGCUGCAUUGAAGCUGUUGCUAGAGGCAAGAUGCGACCCAAGCUUUGUGGACAAGAACGGCGAGACGCCCGCCAUUGUAGCUGCACGCCGUGCAAGCACCGAUGCCUUAGAGUUGCUGUUGGAAGCGAAAUGUGACCCGAAGAUCGUCAACAAGGAUGGCGGGAGUGCUGUCCUGGAAGCUGCAGCGCUCCAGAGUGCCGAUGCCUUAAAGAUGCUUUUGGAGGCAAGAUGUGACCCAAGUAUGGCAGACAAGGCUGGAAACACCCCGGUCAUCAUAGCCGCGGGAAAUGUAGACGCCCUAAAGUUGCUGUUGGAGGCAAGAGCUAAUCCGAGGAGCGCCAACAUGGAUGGUAGUGGUGCGAUCAUCAGAGCAGCAGCAGCUGGCAGUGUUGAUUCAUUGGAGUUGCUGUUGGAGGCAAGAUGUGACCCAGGCAUGGCAGACAAGGCUGGAAACACCCCAAUCAUAACAGCCGCAGGCAUGGGACACACUGACGUGGUAAAGUUGCUCUUGGAGGCUAGAGGCGACCCGAAGAUCCUCAAUAAGCAUGGUCAGAGUGCCGUCUUCGAGGCUGCUAAAAGCAGAGGAGCUGACGCUGAGUUAUUGGAGCUGCUUCUGGAAGCAAGAUGCGACCCGCACAGUGUCGACGAGGAUGGCUUCACAGCAGUCAUGCCUGCUGCCGGGAAUGGAGCCGUAGAUGUGCUGAAGUUACUCCUCGAGGCUCGAUGCGAUGCUGAGUCUGCCGAAUACCGGUUUGGUUUUACUCCGGUUGUUUUUGCAGCUAUGGGUGGAAGCGUCCAUGUGCUGAAAAUUCUGCUCAGUGCGAGAUGUGACCCACACAAACCAGCUUCCAGGGCUAUGUUCUGUGAAUCUGCAGCGACGCUUGCAGCAGGGAGAGGCAACACCGAGGUGCUGAGGACCCUGCUGAGCGCGAGGUGCGAUCCUGAGGUUGUCAACAUCUCUGGACACACGGCGGCGAUGCUGGCAGUGCAAGAAGGUCAUCCGAAGACUCUGCAGUUCCUCGUCCAUGAAGGCUGUGACUUGAAGGCUCGAAACAAGGACUGUGACACGGCAGUGUCGCUGGCAAAAGCAGCGGGUGAAGUCGGAAUGUUGCGGCUACUUCUCGAGGCAAGGUGCGAGCUUGAUCCGCGGGCUGCUGGCGGCAAAAACUCCGUGGAUGAAGCGAGCAGAAUGACGGACUUGGCCGUGGAGUGGCUCCUUGGCCGGGAGGACCUUUUAGGGUUUUUCGGACGAGAUGUAGGGUUUUUGGGACAAGAUGCUGGCCGGCUGACGUUCAGCAGUACCCAAGCACUGACUCUGGCUUAUCACCGACGCAAACUCGCCGAGAUGCUGAUAUUCUCCGGCGCGCUACCAACGCUGCGAGGCCAACUACGUGGACUCACCGUCUUGCUGCCCAAGGAUUUCGUGCCUUCGAAACGCCUCGGUUGCCAUGGCGGCCCUUCGAACCUUCUGACCUGUGGAGUGCCGGAGGUCGCCCGCGGCUCUGGCAAGCUCUAUCACGAGGUGGAGCUGCUAAGCACCGUCCAUUUUGCUGCAGAGCUCGGUUGGCUGACGACGCGGUUCGAUUCCGGUGCGAAGACUGAUGGCUUCGAUCUCCCCAAGAGCGUUGGCACUGAUGCCGAGGGCUGGGCCUUUGAUGCGCAGCGCGCAGCUCAAUUCCACAACAAAAGAGCGAAGGAGGCCAACAUGGAUCGUUGGCAUCCGAACGACCGCCUUGGUCUGGCGAUAGACCUGGAUGAGGGGACCAUGCGCAUCUCACACCGAGAUGGCACUUGGCGCAAAGAGGCCGGAAAUGACCCUAAACCCUAA